AUGAAGAGAGAUGAAUUGAAGGAGAAACAUCUUCGGCUUGGAGAUGUGAUAGAAUGGAUCUACGGCAGCUUCAAUGCCUGCAUCCCCAUAUAUAUAUCCCCUUCACCUCGUAAUCUGAACCUCCCUGAGUGGGCUAUCAUUCGUUUUCCUCUGCCGUACAAAACCAGGGAAGCCUUCUUCCCCGGCAACGUCGAUGAGAAGCUGCGAAGCUGCUACAUACAUCUGUUCACAGUGCUUGAGAAUGAAUCCUUGUUCAAUCGGCUGAGAUGGUACUUCCGCAGCGUAAGAGCGUGGGUGUCUGGGCACACGCUCUCCCCUUACUUUGCACACCCUCGGCGAAGUAUCCUUGACGUGGGAUACCUAGUCAUAGAGCACAUCGGUGAGGGCAAGAUGCUCUCCAGGUCCUGGAAGGAACACCGCGGCGACCCGGACCGGAGGGCUAACCUCUUCCGGGAUUUGUCUUGGAUAAUUCUCUCCACAAUAAACGAUCAAGGCAUCCCCUCCCUAACCAACCGCCCGCUAGCUCGCCAACUCCGUGGGGGGCCGUUCGUCCUCACGUUGACCGACUUCCACCAGAGCAACAUCUUCGUCGACGACGACUGGCACAUUACGCGACUCAUCGACCUCGAGUGGGCGUGCGUGCGUCCCAUCGAGAUGCUCAGCCCGCCGACCUGGCUCUCGAGUGCGGGGGUCGGCAAAUCGGCUCUUGGCAUUGACGAGCUUAUUGGCGAGGAGCUAGACUCGUACGCCUCGGCGCACGAGGAAUUCAUGAAAAUGUUCGAGGCCGAAGAAUCGGCACUGCGCUACUUCUGGUACGCGCGGGCGCUGGACUGCCUGACGGGGCUGUACUUCCUGUUCAUGUUCUACUUCGGCCGCGUGGUGGCGCCUUACUAG